AUGGGAGUGCUAAUGUUCAAGCAUAUCUUCUUCAGAAGCUUUCUUGGAUUCCAUGCAACAAUUCUUCUGCUUCCAGUCUUCGGUUUGACGCAGAAUUAUACAGCCUCUCCUAUUUUUCCAAACGCUUCUUUCCUCUGGGCUUGGAAUGCCCCAACUCACAAUUGUCAUACCUUCAAUAUUCCGAUAGAUUUGAGCCUCUUCUCCUUAUCAGGAAACCCCGGGGUAUACGGCCCAGGACAAGGUGUUGUAAUAUUUUAUAAGGAAAGGCUGGGCUGCUAUCCUUAUAUACAUAACGGUCAAAAUAAGAGUGGAGGAAUCCCUCAGUUGGCAAAUCUGCAAAAUCAUUUGGACAAAGCUAGGAAAGACAUUUGCGGUUCCUUUGGACCGAACGACGUGGGCUUGGCUGUAAUUGACUGGGAAGAAUGGAGGCCCCUUUGGGACAGAAAUUGGGGUGCUAAAGUUGUUUACAAAAACCAAUCAAUUUAUUUAGUUCUCCAAAAUAAUAGGACACUGACUCUUGAUCAAGCCCUCCCAGUUGCCAAAGCGGAGUUUGAAAAAGCUGGAAGGAGUUUCAUGCUAGAGACUUUAAAAUUGGGAAAAUUACUACGGCCGAAAUACUUAUGGGGUUAUUAUCUUUUUCCUGAUUGUUACAAUCAUAAUUAUACCAAAGACCGAGCUUACAAUGGAAGUUGCCCUGAUAUAGAAAAAGAAAGAAAUAAUUUGCUCGACUGGUUAUGGAAAGAAAGCACUGCCCUAUUCCCAUCCGUUUAUUUGAAUACCGGAAUAAAUGGUUCCAAUACUGCGCUCUUUGCCCGGAAUCGUGUGCUGGAAGCCCUUCGAGUUUCUAAAGUGCGAAACAAUACGGACCCGCUUCCAGUUUUUGUAUAUCAGCGUCUAGUUUUUACUGAUAACUUUACGACUUUCCUUUGUGAGGAAGACCUUGUGCAUACAAUUGGGGAAAGCGUUGCUCUAGGUGCCUCUGGAAUGGUAAUAUGGGGCAGCUCCAAUUUAACCAAAAAUAAGAAUGCUUGCACGAACCUAGCCAAUUAUAUGAAGAAUACCCUGAAUCCUUACAUAAUCAACGUCACCCUAGCAGCCAAAAUGUGUAGCCAAGUGCUUUGCCAAGAUCAGGGAGUGUGUGUACGGAAACACUGGAAUUCAAGGUCAAUGGAAGCAUCACAGAUUAGAGAGGAAGGAGAAUGUUUCUUGCUAUGCUGAGUUUGGUGUAUAUUUGAAGAAGACAGACCUCGAAAUUGAAAAAUUACAACAGUGUGUGGUGAAUGUUAUGAUAGAAACUCAGCAUGCUGUGCAUACAAAUAUGAAUUCCAAGAGUGCCUUUUAUGCUAUCUAUGUGACCCAAUAAAAUUUUAAUAUAUU